GGAGCUGCAGCAAAUCACCCCUCUGCAGAAAGGCUGGCACCGUGCUGUCCUUCACCCACAAGCACGGGAGAUCAGGUGGACAAAAAUCCAGCGAAAUCCCGACGUACUUGUUGAUCUUGUUCAUUGAUAUAGGCAACUACUGACGAGGCGGACUGGUAUUGAUGACAAGUUGUUCUGAUCCUCGGUAAACACGUAUGAAAAGGAGCGAAUUUCUCUCUGUGUAUAACGAAAACGGAAUUCAGUCAGUCGCGUAUUAAACGGUGACGUUUCUCCAUUUUAUUUUUGUUAAAUGGUUUGAAUUCCAAUCCUUGAAUGAGAUUACUCAAAAAGAAGAUACAGCUUUUAAAGCGGACACAGAAGAUGUCCCGUGGACGUGGCAACUGGUCACAGCAGCUAUAGCGAGAAGACUUUGUCGAUUUUGCCUGUCAUUCGAAUGUUUUUAUCGAGAUUGUUAAAAGAAUGACAUAUUUUGUCUCAAAAAUGGAGGAAAACAAAUUCAAAUGUAGAAGCUAACCCCCUCACCCCCGCUCCCCCAGGAUCCUUUCUUCUGGACCGACUGAACUUAUUGGAUCUCGGCCGUAUAUUUGGAGUAAAGAUACUACUCCGGGAUGAAUAAAUCGGGUUCGCGGUCGACUUCUUCGCUGCCCCCUGAUACUGUGGAGAUUAUCCGAAGCAAGGCUUGUUGCCGCAGGGUGAGGCUAAAUGUGGGGGGUCUUCCACAUGAGGUCUUAUGGAGAACCCUGGACAGGUUACCGCGCACCCGACUGGGUAAACUAAGAGAUUGCAAUUCUCACAGCUUACUGAUGGAGAUAUGCGACGAUUACAGUUUGGAGGAUAAUGAGUAUUUUUUUGACAGACACCCAGGAGCAUUUACUUCCAUCCUUAAUUUUUAUCGCACCGGCAAGUUACACAUGAUGGAGGAGAUGUGCGCUUUAUCUUUCAGCCAGGAACUGGACUACUGGGGCAUCGAUGAGAUAUACCUGGAGUCCUGCUGUCAGGCUCGGUACCAUCAGAAAAAAGAACAAAUGAAUGAGGAGCUUAAACGCGAAGCGGACAAUAUGAAGGAAAGAGAAGGUGAAGAAUUUGAUAACACAUUUUGUGCGGAGAAAAGAAAGAAACUUUGGGAUCUUCUGGAGAAACCUAGUUCGUCUGUGGCAGCCAAGAUCUUGGCCAUAAUAUCCAUCUUGUUCAUUGUGUUGUCCACCAUUGCGCUGUCCCUCAACACACUGCCAGAGCUGCAGGACACUGACGAAUUUGGCCAGACGACGGAUAACCCCCAGUUAGCUCACGUGGAGGCGGUCUGCAUCGCCUGGUUCACUAUGGAGUACCUGCUGCGCUUCCUGUCUUCGCCUAACAAGUGGAAGUUUUUUAAAGGGCCCCUGAAUGUCAUCGAUCUACUGGCCAUCCUGCCCUACUACGUCACCAUCUUUCUUACCGAGUCUAAUAAGAGCGUGCUGCAGUUUCAGAACGUACGCCGCGUGGUGCAAAUCUUCCGCAUCAUGCGCAUCCUGCGCAUCUUGAAACUGGCACGACACUCCACUGGCCUCCAGUCACUGGGCUUCACUUUACGUCGCAGCUACAACGAGCUGGGCUUGCUUAUCCUCUUCUUAGCUAUGGGUAUUAUGAUCUUCUCUAGCUUGGUCUUCUUUGCAGAGAAGGAUGAGGAUGACACAAAGUUCAAAAGCAUCCCUGCCUCCUUUUGGUGGGCCACGAUCACCAUGACCACAGUGGGCUAUGGAGACAUCUACCCAAAGACACUCUUGGGAAAAAUUGUGGGAGGGCUAUGUUGCAUUGCUGGAGUACUGGUGAUUGCCCUGCCCAUCCCUAUUAUUGUCAACAACUUCUCUGAAUUCUAUAAAGAGCAGAAGAGGCAAGAGAAAGCUAUCAAAAGGAGGGAAGCCCUGGAAAGAGCUAAGAGAAAUGGCAGCAUUGUGUCAAUGAACAUGAAGGAUGCCUUUGCUCGUAGUGUUGAACUUAUGGAUGUAGUCAUAGAAAAGAAUGGAGAGAAUAUGACUAGGAAGGAGAAGCUUCAGGACAACCACCUCUCACCCAACCAAUGGAAGUGGACACCAAAGCACGCAGCUUUAGAAACAGAUUCUAAUAGAUCCUUCAAUGUGAGUGAGCAUGGUUCUCCAGCUAAUGUCAGGUCCUCUAGCCCACAGCACCUGAAUGUGCAGAAGCUGGAGGAAAUGUACCACAAGAUGGCCAAGACCCAAUCUCAGCCUAACCUCAACACCAAAGAUAGAGGGUCAAUAGCAAAGGGCAGCAGGCAGAGGGAGGAAAUUGAGAUGGAUAGCAUCCCUGGCAAUGCCACACGAGACGGAAUCAUAGACAUGAAAAGCCAGUCGAGCAUUGACAGUUACAUCAGCUGUGCCACUGACUUCCCAGAAAGCACUCGCUUCUCACACAGUCCUAUUGUCAACCUGCCAGCACAGUUUUGGGCCAACCCCGGAAUGCAGACCUCCCUCGAACAUGAGCCUGUGCUUUCAACUCACAGUGUCAGCAAGCCUCCUGGGUGUAGCUCCAUCCUAGAGAUUGCCACAAAUCCAGAAAGUUCCAGGCAUGGAUUCUUCUUGGACAGCCCCCAUGGUUACCGCUUAAAUAACCCUCUCAAGGCACAUUCCUUCAAGGUCACCCUCCGACGAGGAGAGGCAGGCACCUCUUCCUCUUCCAUGCAAAUGGGAGGUGCUCCUCUAUCAGACAGUUCAAUCCUAUCAGAUCGCUCCAUUGUAAGCCCAGAGGUAUCCAUCUAUAACACAGCCAGUAGCAAGACUCCACCUAAAUCUCCUGAAAGCCUGAGCAUGACACCUGCAAUCUUCACAUUUCAUGACACAUCCAUCAGUAAAUAUAUCGAUGCUGACACUGAUGAUGACGACCACUUGCAGGAUGGCUCUGACUCCAGUCCCUCUAUGCGGCUGCUGGACAAAAAAAGUCCAAAGUUCAGUAUUAAUAGCAGCUUCCAGCAAGGGACCAACCACUUGGAAACUUCACAGAGGAUUAUGGGCCAGAACUGUAUGUUUCCCAUAGAAAGUCGGUCUGUAAUUGGGCAGGAGAACCAUGUGACCCAGGAUGUGCGUACAGCUCAAGGGCUGCGGAAUCGAGUUAACAAAUGUGAUGAAAGCAUUUGAGUACAAGGAAGUGAACUGAAGAUGGAGUGGAAACACAUGGGAAAGCUGACCAGUAAUGUGGCUAAAAAAUACAAAAUUUUGAAAGCUGCCAGGGGCUUUACUGUGUGACUUGACAAACUUUAAUCCAUGCCAGUAACAUUAAUGGGAAUAGCUCAUUAAAAAGUAUGCUGGCUCUUGGCAAAGGUGGGUGUUGCUGAAGCCUGUGCCCAACAUGAUAAGCUUAUAGAGGCUAAUGGAGAGGAACCCUCCCUCAAUU